GCCUGCUAUGGGAUGGAUGAAGAAGAAGAGGACCACUAUGUUUCACAGCUCAGGGAAGUCUACAGCAGCUGUGAUACCACAGGGACAGGCUUUCUGGAUCGGGAGGAGCUGACCCAACUCUGUCUUAAGCUUCAUCUGGAAAAGCAGCUUCCCAUCCUUCUGCAGACACUUCUUGGAAAUGACCACUUUGCCAGGGUUAACUUUGAGGACUUUAAGGAAGGUUUUGUGGCAGUGUUAUCAUCAAGCGCUGGUGUCGGCUCCUCGGAUGAAGACAGUAGUUCCUUGGAAUCAGCUGCCUCCCAUGCUGUCCCACCAAAGUAUGUGAGUGGCUCGAAGUGGUACGGCCGGAGGAGCCGGCCUGAGCUGUGCGACUCUGCACCCAGAACCAAAUGUUUCCCAGAACAGCAAGCCAAAGCCUCCGUGAAAAGCCAGAUCCGACGCGCUGCAUCUCUGGAAAGUGUGGAGAGUCUCAAGUCAGAGGAAGAAGCGGAAAGUGCUAAAGGACCUCAGAAUGAGCUAUUUGAAGCAAAAGGCCAGCUGCCGCUCUGGGGUUCUGAGGCCUUUGGGAAUACCCAGAAGUCCUGCAGCCCCUUCUUCGACACCCCUGAGAGCCAGGUCCGGGCCAUCUGGGAAGAGCUGGGCGUCGGCAGCAGUGGCCACCUCAAUGAGCAGGAGCUGGCGCUGGUCUGCCAGAGCAUCGGGCUCCAAGGACUCAAGAAAGAGGAACUGGAAGACCUGUUUAACAAACUGGACCAAGACCAAGAUGGCAGAGUGAGUCUUGCGGAAUUCCAGCGUGGCCUGUUCAGUCACGGGCCCACUUCACUUCUGGAAUCUUCCUCUCCCGUCAAACUGAGCAGGUCCUGGUCUCAUUCCCAGGUCCUGGAGGAGGGUGGCUGCCACACCACCACGACAUCCUCUCUCGUGUCCUUGUGCUCAGGCCCGCGCCUUUUCUGCAGCGUUGACAAUGGCACCGGCUUCGCCUUUCCCGAGCAGCUCAUUGCCCUGUGGGCCCAGGAGGGGAUUCAUAAUGGCAAGGAAGUCUUGCAGAGCCUCGACUUUAGUGUGGAUGAGAAGGUGAACCUUUUGGAGCUGACCUGGGCCCUGGAGAACGAGCUCAUGAUGAUCCAUGGUGUCACCCAGCAGGCGGCUUUGUCCUGCUAUCGCCAGGAGCUGAGAUUCUGCCAGGGGCAAGUGGAGCAGAUGGUGAGGGAACGAGACAAGGCAAGGCAAGAUCUAGAGAAAGCGGAGAAGAGGAACCUGGAGUUUGUGAAGGAGAUGGACGACUGCCACUCGGCCCUGGAGCAGCUCACGGAGAAGAAGAUCAAACACCUGGAGCAGGAGUACAGAGAAAGGCUGAAUCUCCUGCGGUCUGAGGUGGAGAUGGAGCGUGAGCUGUUCUGGGAACAGGCCUGCAGGCAGAGAACCAUGCUGGAGCGGGACCUGGAGCGCUUGCAGGCUGAGGAGGCCAGCCUCCGAGAGAAGCUGACCCUGGCUCUGAAGGAAAACAGCCGAUUGCAGAAGGAGAUCGUCGAAGUUGUGGAAAAACUUUCGGAAUCAGAGAAGCUGGUCCUGAAACUGCAGACUGACCUGGAGUUUGUUUUGAAAGACAAGCUGGAGCCACAGAGCACAGAACUCUUGGCCCAGGAAGAGCACUUCGAGGAGGUCCUGAAGGAGUACAAGCUCAAGUGCAGGGACCUGCAGGACAGCAAUGACGAGCUGCAGGCUGCGGUGGAGGGUCUGCGGGCACAGUUGCCCCAGAGUUGGCGCGGCCAGCCCCAUGCACAGCCAAAUGGACGUCUGCUCUCUCGACAUGGCCGAGCAGGCAUCAUCUCCUUCCUGGGCGAUUCCACUCCCGUGAGUCUAGAAACGGAGAUAAUGAUGGAGCAGGUGAAGGAACAUUACCAAGACCUCAGGAUCCAGCUGGAGACCAAGGUAAACUGCUAUGAAAGAGAAAUUGAGAUGAUGAAAAAGGACUUUGCAAAUAAGAGAAAAGACAUGGAGCAGGCUUUCCAGCGUGAGGUCAGUGUGCUGGAGGACCAGAAAGCCAACCUGGAGAAGCUCCACGUGAAAUCUCAGGAGGUCAUCCAAGUCCUGCAGGACCAGCUGCAGAGUGCGAGCCAGGGCCCUGAGCUGGAGAGGACGUUCGAGCUGAAGAGGGCGGAGAUGGAGCAGUGCUACGCGCAGGCGCUGUCUGGCCUGGCGCAGCAGCUGGCCCGGGAGAAGGAGCAGCUGGAGGCGGAGCUGUGCCAGAGGCACCAGCAGGAGCUGCAGCAAUUCAGGUCCAGCUCCCUGUCCCGGCAGGAUUUCGUGUCUGGGGUUUCUUGCCAAGAACCAAAAUACCACCCUGGAGUGGGGCUGCAGCACAGUGGGAAAGGCCAGGAGGGGCACCUCGAGCCCACCCAGGCUCACUGGCUCUGGGUGGCUGGGCAGGAAGAGCUCGAUGCCCCGGGGGAGGCAGAGGCUGAAGUGGCUGAAAGAGAGAAGAAUGACAUGAAAACCAAACUUGCGUACCUGGGUGUUAUUCGGGCUCUUGAGAAAAAAGCAGAUUCAAGAGAAAAUAACAGAAUUAAGUUGGAUAGGCUUUCUGAAGAAAACACAGUGUUGAAAAAUGAGCUGGGGAGAAUGCAGCAAGAGCUUGAAUCUACAGAAAGGACAAAUGAUGCACAAAGGAAGGAAAUUGAGCUUUUAAAGAGAGACAAGGAGAAGGCCUGCUCCGAAAUGGAAGAGCUCAACAAACAGAGUCAGAAAUGCAAUGAUGAAUUGCUUCAGCUCAACCACAGGGUCCUUCAGCUCGGAGAGGAGGCCUCUAGCCAGCAGGCCCACAUUGAGAACAAUGGCAUCACCAUUCAGCUGUUAACACAGAGAUUGGAGGAGGCUGGACGCAGGGAGGAGGUGCAGGGUGACCAAAUUAAAAAACUCGAACUUGAACUUGAACUCAUAAACUGCUGUGUCAGUGAUGACGUGGUCCCUCAGGUGGCCUUCCAGAGAUGUGAGGGUGUCCUUAAACAGUCCUUCGUGUCUGGCAGUGACCCUGUAACUCUCAGCAGUCACACCAAAGCUGUUGUGGCCUUUUCCCUGGUACAGCUGCACGGAGCCAACCUGAGCCCUGACCAGCCCUUGCAGGACGUCCACCAGCUGCAGAAGCAGACGGAGCAGAGCGUGCCCGUGGGCUGCGUGGCAGAGCUGCGGCAGCUGCUGGAAUGGGAGCAGCGGGCAGCUCAGCAGUUCUGCCAGGAGUGCAGCCUCCAGCAGGAGGAAGGGAGGCGACAGCGGGAAGAACAUAAAAAGCAGCUUAAAGAUACAGAAGAGCAGGUGGAAGAGGUGGAGAUGGUUUUGAAGAACAUGGAAAUGCUCCUGCAAGAAAAAGUGGGUGAGCUGGGAGAGCAGUUUGAGAAGAACACAAAAUCCGAUUUGCUGCUCAAGGAGCUCUAUGUGGAAAAUGCUCACCUGAUGAAAGCACUUCAGGUCACUGAAGAGAAGCAACGAGGGGCUGAGAAAGAAAACCGAAUCUUGGAAGAAAAAGUAAGAGCUCUCAACAAACUCAUCUGUAGAAUAACUUCAGCAUCCUUCUCUGUGUAGACUGCUUGUUUUUCUGAAAUUCAUUUUGAAAGAGCGUCUUUUAAAAUUAAGCCACUGUGAUGCCAUAAUUUUCUAUGGUUCAUUGGCCAUGCACCCCUGGACAUGUGAGCCAGAUGCUGGGGAAAAGACUACACCGUUAUUAGUCCAAGCUAAUUUCCAACUGUGCUUAGUCACUGGUGAAAUCAGAUCAUGGGGGCUCUCAGCAAAGAAUGACUAAAAGACAAUGAUAGAGCAAAAGCAAUUUCAAUGUUGUGCUUUUGACUUUGGCUGCAGAGAUUAAAGUGCAAAAUUAGAGCUCUGCACAGUUUCACCGUUCCACUGUGCCUGCUUUGGGUUUAAAUUAUUAGUAUCCUUAAUGGUGAGUCUGUACAAAAAUUCCAGAAAGGCUUUACUCUCUGUGACUGUCACCCAGUGAUAAAGGACAAAGGAGGGAAAACCCUUUUUUAGGGAUCGCUGCACCAUGGGAAGGUGUUUGGACGAUGCUUAUUUUAAGUCUAUGUGCUCAGGGAUAAUGAUAUUUAUUGUGAAUGCAAUCUUUUCCUCCUUGAAAUGUCAUCACACUGGAAAUGUAUUAUAUAGUCUUAAAAAAGUAUAGUUUUAUAUCCAAAAUACACAAAUUAUGGUCAUUUGGUUUAUCAGAAUAAACUACUGUAAUAUGAAGAGUCACUACUUGCAAUAAAUUUUUCUAUUAAAAUUGAU